AUCUCCUUAGUCAUACGUGGAGAUAAGGCUGUGUUUUCGGAUGAAAAUCGAAAAUUGUGAGUGUAAAUAUUGCUACCAACCCUUAACCGAAAAUUCCCAUCGGAAACGACGUUUUUGUAAAAUCCUCGGUCUGUCAUCUGUUAAUUAAAAUGAUGAUACUUUUGAGUGUUCACAGUGCAAACUCCUGAUUUAACUGCGAUGUUAUUAUUGUCACGUUGUAAAUAAUUUCUAGUGAUUUUGCGUUAACGCUCGCUUAUUAAAUUCUAGUCAAUUAAAAAUGCGCUUCUAAUUUUAAUGCGACUCUUUUGUACAGUUUUAAAUUAGUGUAGGUUAAAGGAAAAAUCCAUAUCAAUUAUAAAUGCUAUCAAACACGUUAAAAUUAAGUAUAUCGGGUGAUGAGUGCCAGUGAGACUGUUCCUAUUCUAGCAAACUCUAGUGUGACGGUAAACGAAGUGCACAGUGCCUUGUCAGUCGCUUGUAGUGAUAGUUCAGCCGAGGACGUACCUUUGGUCCCCGAGGUCAUUUUUGAACCAGCAUUGGAUUCCCCAGGCUUGAACAGAGAGUCGCAGCCGCUCCUUGGAGGGCUGGAUGUCUCUUACAACCAGUUUCCAGAUGACCCAAACUUCAGUGAUCUGGUGUGGCAGGCUGAGGUUGCCAUCGAUAAUGGCAUUUUCCCAGAACGAAUUUCUCAGGGCUCUAGUGGAUCCUACUUUGUCAAAGACCACUCUGGAAAAAUAAUCGCGGUUUUCAAGCCGAAAGACGAGGAACCUUACGGCCGUCUGAAUCCCAAAUGGACGAAAUGGAUGCAUAAGCUGUGUUGUCCUUGCUGUUUCGGCAGAUCAUGUUUAAUUCCAAAUCAGGGUUAUUUAUCAGAGGCUGCUGCUUAUUUAGUCGAUUCAAAACUUAAUCUCAACAUUGUACCAAAAACAAGGGUCGUCAAAUUAGUGUCAGAAACGUUCAAUUAUCCUAGAAUAGACAGGCAAAAAGCGCGCAUGAAGCGAGCAAUUAUGGAGCAGUUUCCCAACGUCGGUUUAAGGUUUAACAGGAUAGGUCUGCCACCAAAGUGUGGUUCAUUCCAGUUGUUUGUAGAUGGUUACAAGGACGCCGAUUAUUGGCUGCGGAGGUUCGAGGUGGAGCCUCUACCUCCGCGAAUGGCUCAAAAAUUUCAACUUCAGUUUGAACGCUUAGUCGUUUUAGAUUAUAUAAUACGAAACACGGAUCGCGGAAAUGAUAAUUGGCUUAUCAAAUACGAACAUCCUACGAUUUCUAACGGAAACGGUCCAGUAGAAUUAACCGAAACCACAGAGUGGAAUCUAGUUCAUUUACCUGAGAUAAAGGUCGCGGCGAUAGACAAUGGGUUGGCGUUUCCUUACAAGCAUCCAGACAGCUGGAGGGCCUAUCCGUACCACUGGGCAUGGUUACCACAGGCUAAAGUUCCCUUCAGUAAAGAAACGAAGGAUCUUGUUCUACCGUUGCUAGCCGAUAUGAAUUUUGUGCAGGAUUUAUGUGAUGAUUUAUAUUUACUAUUUAAGCAAGAUAAGGGCUUUGACAGGAGUCUGUAUGAAAGGCAAAUGUCAGUGAUGAGGGGCCAAAUUCUUAACCUAACGCAAGCUCUGAAGGAUGGGAAGUCCCCGGUGCAGCUAGUCCAAAUGCCGGCUGUUGUCGUGGAAAGGUCACAAAGCCAACAAACGUCUCGAUUUUUCAACUUUACACAACGCUUCCAGGACAAGAGCCCCUUCUUCUCAUGGUGUUAACAGAUUUCUUUUUAUAUAUGUAUAUUACGAAUAGGCCAGAUUUUUAAUACACUAUCAUGUAAAUACAGUACUAUUUGCUGUUAUUUUAACUAGGAAAUUUUUUAAUCAGA